AUGAGUCUCAAACAAGCCUGCAUCUUUCUCAGAGGAGGAUCAAGGAGACAAGUAAGUCAAGCUCUUACACAGGAUGAGAUUGAAGAAUUACGUGAAGCUUUUGUCGAGUUUGAUAAAGACAAGGAUGGUUUCAUCAGCUGUAAAGAUUUGGGGAACCUGAUGCGGACCAUGGGUUACAUGCCAACUGAAAUGGAGCUGAUAGAACUGGGCCAGAAUAUCAACAUGAAUUUGGGGGGACGAGUGGACUUUGAGGAUUUUGUGGAACUAAUGACCCCCAAGCUUGUAGCUGAAACUGCAGGGAUGAUUGGGUUGAAGGAACUUAAAGAGGCAUUCAGAGAGUUUGAUAUAGAUGGUGAUGGCUCAAUUACAUCUGAUGAGCUGAGAAAUGCCAUGGUGAAGUUAUUGGGUGAACAAACCAGCAAAAAUGAAAUUGAUGCAGUGGUCAGAGAAGUUGACAACAAUGGAGAUGGAACAGUUGACUUUGAGGAGUUUGUAAAAAUGAUGUCGCAGAAAUGA